ACCCCUGCCCCAAGUUUUCAAAAGAGAGACAGCUCCGCAACACAAUCUGUGGCGUUUCUUUUGAUUUUCUUUCUUAUCCUCGUGCCCGUUUUUGGUCUCAUCUUCCCGCCCGCAUGUAACCUAAAUUCAAAUCCGAAUCAGCAUCAAAGGGGAUCGACAUUUCGUUUUCCUGGUACCACAGCAACGCUUGAAAUCCCCCCCCCCCCCCAUAUUUGGUUCCUCCUGCAAAACAUCCACAAACUCGAAACCAACAAAUCAAUUCCAAAUGACACGACAUUCUCAUCGCCAACCGUAAAGAAACAACCCACAUUUCCUUUUUCUCUCCCCCUUUCGAACCUCACCUGCCACACCCACGCCCGCCAUGGCCGACGUCCGCUCCCUCCUCCGUCAGCAGCGUACGGCCCGCCGCAUCGACCACCCCCACGCCGCAUACUCGGACGCCGGCAAGCUGCUGUGCCUGGCAUGCCACGAGCCCGUCCGGUCCGAGUCGCUGUGGGACUCGCACGUCCGCAGCGCCGCCCACAAGGCCAAGGCGGCCUCCAAGUCCAUCACGGGAGGAGCAGCACCGGCUACAGUCGACAGCCAGACGGGCGCCACCUCGCAAAAGCGGAAGCAGCAGGAGUACCACGACGUCGACGACCGGGAGGCGGAGAUGCUCGACGCCGCCGACACCGAGGAAGCGACGAGGAGGAAGCGCAGCAGGAUAGACGCCGCAACGGCGGAACAAGACUACCCCACCACCACCACCACGAGCAACAAAACAGCCGCGGCGGCCAUGCCGUCCCCCGCCGGGAGCAGCACGCCCAAUACCAACAGCGGCAGCCAGAACAGCAGUAGCAGAAACGGCGGAGGGAGGACGCCGCAGAGCCAGACGCACACCCCGCCCCUGACGCGCCGGCAGUCCGGCACACCUGUUCUGGGCGUCGAGAUGCAGAUGCCAUCGCGCCCGGCCACACCCAAUGCGCCGCGGGACGGGAGCAACGCCGGGGGUGCAGGAGCAGGAGCAGGCGGAGCGGCGGUGGGACUUGGCGUCAGGCAGUCGGCAACAACACCAGCUGCUGCUGCCCCGGCUACAACAGCCGCUCCCGUGGCUGCGUCAGGAGAGCCGGCGCCGAUCGACGAGGACGAGUGGGCGGCGUUUGAGCGGGAGGUGGUCAACGCGGUCCCGGCAACAGCAGCCGCCGAAGACGGCGCGGUCAUCAGCGCGGCGCCCAUGACGGCAGAGGAGGUUGCAGCAGCGGCGAGUGAAGAGGAUGGACGGGCGAAGCGCCGAGCUGCGGCGGACAUCGAGCUGGAAGACGAAAAGGAGGAGGCCAAGCGGGCGCUGGAGGAAGAGUUUGAGGAGAUGGAGGAGCUGGAGGCUCGGGUGCGGCGGUUAAAGGAGAGGAGGGAGGCGUUGAGGAGUCGCAGCGUCCGCGGUCUCAAUGCUGCCUCUGCUGCUGCUGUUCCGCCGUCAACAAAGUUACACAAAGAAGGCAUUAGUGAGGAGCCUGUGGGUGGGGAACGUGAGGAGCCGUCCAAAGCCUCCAAGGAAGGAGGUCAGGAUGAGAACGAGGAUGACGAAGAUGACGACGACGAUGAUGAUUUCGAAAACUUCCGGUUGAGGAGGUAGCACUUGUUUCUCGGAUCUAACCCGAGUUCUGUACUAUAUCUGUAUUAAUGAUCCCUACGCGUAGGAUAAAGGCGAAAACACAGUACAAUAAUUCUACAAGCAGUCAUCUACCUUGUCUGGACCUGCCGAAAAAAAAGGUCGACUGGGCUUUCACAUCGUCAUUCAACACGCAACACACAAGUACAGCUAGCGACCAGCACUCCGAAAAGAAAUACAGCACAACGACUCAGACACAAAAGACCUUCGCGGCCCGCUGCCGGAUGACAUCCAGCUUGGCCUCAUCAGCCUAGCGUUCCCUCAAGCCAACCCGUCACCCCUCGCGACCCUCUCCCAGAAUCGCUUGAGUCUCCAGACCCUGCCAACCCCGCGGCUCUCCUCCCACCUCCUGACGCCCUCGCCCCUCUGCUUCGCCUCCCCCGUCCAACGCUCAACGAAGCCUCUGAGGCCGUCUUUGACCCUUUCCUUCUCGACGGCGCGCUUCUUGGCCACGAGCGCGGGCGCAACGCCACCCCACUCGGGCGGCAGCACGCCGCGGGCCACGAGGGCCUCGGGCGACGGUCGCGCGGCCAGCCGGCGAGAGAGCCGGAUCGAUAUGAGCGAUCGGGAGAGCUUCCGCGACACAACCGUCGUCUGCGUCAGGAAGAUGCGGCGUCCGAUCAGGUCAGGAAGCGUCGGGCGGGAUGGCGACAGGAGUAGUGGUGGGAGGAUCGUGCGGAUCCGACGGAGACGCAUCGAGUGCAAUAUCGGCGACAGGGACAGGUCUCGGAGGUGGUGGUUAGUCUGUUUGGGUUGCGUUGUGGCAUUGUUAGUCAAGCUUUUGGCAACACCAAUGGGAACUAUGGGCAUCUGGGACUGAAUUUUGUGUGCGUUGAUCAAAGUCACCAAGCCGCAGGCAUUCUAGUGUGGCCAAGUUUGUGCCGAGUCAAGGGUAGAUACGGGUGCAAGUCAUUGGUAUUGCGGCACAAUUGCAUGGCUUGCCACAGCGUUCCAGACACAGCAACCUGGCUUUUGUGUCUCAAAUCCACAGGCUUAGGAACGUGGGUAUGUCCGGGCGGUUAUGAACUUGGUUGUAAAGGGCAGCAAUAUGGAGUCAAAUGCAAGUGUAUACGGCAGCACAAACUGGGUGAAGGGAAAUGAAUCCCUUGCGAAAAAGACAGCUUCUUGAACGUGGGCGCGUGGGAAUCGCUUACCCUCGAAGUUGCGAGCAAGUCGCAAACCUCCAAGUAACUCAUGAUAUGUAGCAAAACCUCGUUUGGAAGGUCGUCCAAGCAGUCGUUCCAUGGAUGAUCCUCUUGCUGUGCUGAAGCCGACUGGUCGAGACAACAGCACGUAGCAAUUUGACAUUUAUCGACGUUGUGGCAGUGGCUACCGCCACGAACUCGUCCUGGG